CGACCUAACCACACUAAAAUGUCAUCGAUGACCACAAUGCGCCAUUUUGUUCUUCUGUUUUUAACGGACUCAACAGCUCAAUGGCCAUGGCGAUGCGUGUUUCUUCCCAAUCUCUAUUUUUUUCUCUCAAUAAUGCAAGGGAAGUUCUUACACAUUUUAUGACAGAUGUUGUUCAUCCAGCUAGCAAAUACUAUAAAUUUAAUGGUAAAAGUAAAACCACAACAAUAUCAUUUCGAGGCUCUGUAAAGCAUAUACAAACAGUAUGCAGAAUCACAGUUCCUGGAUCCUCUUUAGAAACUGUUGUGAAUCCAUCUUCAAAUUCAAACUUAUUAAAAGACAGGAAAGUGGUACCCGAUUCAGAUCCACCAUCCACUAAAGAUGUUGAUCUUUUAUACGAGUUUUUUGCUAAAAGUACUAAACUUGUUGCUUUGACUGGAGCUGGAAUAAGCACAGAGUGUGGCAUUCCUGAUUACAGAAGCCCAAAUGGAGCUUAUAGUACUGGUUUCAAGCCAAUUACUCAUCAGCAAUUUAUUCGUUCUAGUCGUGCAAGAAGAAGGUAUUGGGCAAGAAGCUAUGCAGGAUGGAGGAAGUUUAAUGAAGCUAAACCAAGUGCAGCUCACACUGCUUUAGCAUCUUUAGAAAAAGCAAAUCGAAUUAGCUUUAUGAUCACACAAAAUGUCGAUAGGUUGCACCAUCGGGCUGGUAGUACCCCGCUUGAGUUACAUGGGACUGUGUACACCGUUGGAUGUGUGGAUUGUGGAUUCUUGUUUCCAAGGGAGUUGUUUCAAGAGCAAUUGAAGUCUUUAAAUCCGAAGUGGGCGGAAGCUAUAGAAAGUUUGGAUUAUGAUAGUAAUUCAGAUAAGAGUUUUGGGAUGAAGCAAAGGCCCGAUGGUGAUAUUGAAAUUGAUGAAAAGUUUUGGGAAGAAGAUUUUCAUAUACCAACUUGCUCUAAAUGUAACGGGGUACUAAAACCAGAUGUGGUAUUUUUUGGUGAUAAUGUACCGAAAGAUAGAGCUAAUAUGGCAAUGGAGGCGGCUAAAGGGUGUGAUGCUUUUCUUGUUCUUGGUUCUUCAGUUAUGACCAUGUCUGCUUUUCGACUUGUCAGAGCAGCUCAUGAGGGUGGUGCUACUACAGCAAUUGUAAAUAUAGGCAACACUCGAGCUGAUGAUUUUGCAGAUUUGAAAAUUAAUGCGCGCCUAGGAGAGAUAUUACCACGGAUACUUAACACCGGGUCGCUCAGUAUUCCUGCUAUAUAAAAGUUUGAACAUGAUAUGAUAGACGGAUUAUUUGGUGAAGAUGAUUUAUGUUUUGUAAAAUUUAUUUUAUACACCUACAACAUGCAAAAAAUAAUUUGUAAUUGUCUAAUUAGGCAUAUAUCAUCUCCAAACAAAAAUCAAUGUAUGAAAUAGUUGUUUUAUGAUAUUACUUUUGUUGCUUUCAGAUUAUGCAAAUCAUUGCGUCAUCUCACAAGAGAGUUUGUGAGACAAAACAAAUCGUGUCAAAUACUAAAUCAAAAGGAUUCUAGUAUACAGUUUUACAAGGUGAUUACAAAAACUCAAAAAAGAUUCUAAAACUAAAUCCAUGAGGACAUGUAUGCCUUCCUCAACAAAACUGUGCAAAAGUGUUCAUGUCCUACAAGUAUCUGUGCUUACAACAAUGUCCAACACGCCACGUCAUCAUCACGUGUACGAAACACGGUUUCCAAACACUACCCGAUUCCUAACCCUACUUCUCCGUGUAGCAAUAUUAGAAAUCAACGAAUUCGCCACAAGGGCAAAACAGUCCAUUCCCAUCAACUUCAACCCAAGAUUCUCUGACAUAUAACUCAGCCCCCUUUCCCCGCCACCAACCACCGCCACCAAAUCCCGCGCCUGUACACGUGUCACCAUCGUGUAAAGCUUCACCGCACGUUGACUUUGACCAUUGUUGACUUUGACUUUGACUUUA